CGGCCCCUCCCGCCGUGCCGUGGCCUGCGGUGGCGGGCGCCCAUCGCCCCCUGUCGGCCGAGACGGGAACGGGCGCGGGGGGGGUUCGGAAAAGGCGCUGUCGCCGUCCCUGCCUUUUCCUGAUCAGCUGAGAGUUUCUGCUGUCGUCAACGGGGGAGGGAGGCUGGAAGCGGCAGGAUGUUGGGCGAUUUGCUGCUUUUCGGGACGCUGUUGGUUAAUGCUGGAGCUGUCUUGAAUUUCCGGCUGAAGAAGAAGGAAAGUCAAGGGUUUGGUGAAGAAAUCAGAGAACCAACCACAGGUGAUAAUAUCAGGGAGUUUCUGCUGAGUCUGAGAUACUUCCGGAUAUUCAUUGCACUAUGGAAUAUCUUCAUGAUGUUUUGCAUGAUUUUGCUAUUUGGAUCGUAAACCUCUUUGGAGAACUGAGACCGUGUGAUAACGAAGGGAUGACUUCCAGACAGAAAUAUUGGCAGUAUUGGUGGAAAUAAAAUAUGUUAUUUUUUAAGUGUCGAAUUUUAGCCUGCUUGGAUGUAUUAAAAGGGAUGCUUUGUCACCAAGUUCUGUCUA